GAGACGAAAAUUGAAGAAAACAGAUAAUCUAGAGCACAGGUCAACAAUAAGUUGCAAAACUACAAACUCUGUAGAUGAGUAACUAACUCCGCCUCUGCUCACUGCCAUGAUGUGUUAGUGUCAGUUAUUCAUUUUUAACUGGAUUUAACAGGAUACCUAACUUGGCCUUAAAAUGAUUACUUUAGCCAUCGUGAGUGCGCUGCUGGCGCUGGCUGCUGGAAAACCUUGUGCAUCAGAUCACGAGGCUCUUCUCCUGUCCUUCAAUAAGCAGCUGCUGCAGUCAGUGGACACGCGAGAUACCCUACCCAAUCCCAGUGUGCACAUCGCCCUGCGGCUCUCAACACACCAUAAUCUAGCUAAAGAGAGCGAACAUCUCAUCCGUCUCAAGGCAGAGUUUCAUGAUGAUAUUGAGAAAUCUCUCAGAAAUAAUGAGUUGGUGGUUGGCCGUCUAGCUCUGUACAUCUUGGCUCUAAAGUCUUCCUGUCAUGAUCUGGAGAGUGUACAUCUCACUCAUAAUGAGAUGAAGGAGUCUCUCCUCAUUCACCUAAAGAAAGAGAUGGAGGAAGAAAAACAGAACAUUGCAUUCGGUCACCGUCCAAAGACCAGCUAUUACCAGUACUCUCUGGGCAUUCUGGCUCUAUGUGUGAGCGGUGUUAGAGUCAGCACACAUGUCAGCCAAAAACUCAUCCAUGCUGUGGAACAUAGACAGAUAAAACAUGGAGAGUCCUUAUGUGUCGACUCGCAUGCAAUGGCAGGCAUGGCCCUGCAGUGUCUAAAAGACGAGGGAAUUGCUGUUAAAGAUGCUGCAGAGCUAGACAGGGCUCUUGCCACCAUUAAGCAGAGGCUUCUCGACUCUAAGAGAGCUGAUGGUCACAUGGGCAAUGAGUUCAGCACAGGACUGGCGGUGCAGGCCUUGAUGGCUAUGGGCAGUCAGAUGGAGGAAUGUGGCUCUGCUAUUGAAGCUUUAAGGGCAGAUGUUAAGAAAGGAACAUACCAUAACCCUAUGGCCAUCUCUCAGGUCCUGCCAGUGCUACACCAACGCACUUACCUUCAUCUGAAGAGCCAAGAAUGCCGCAAUGAGGAUGACACUUUGACCACUGAUGUGGAUUCCCCUUCAGAAGUCCUCCCAAGUCACGGGCAAGUGUCACUACAGGUGAAGGUUAUUAAAUCAAACGGUGCAUCGUCUGUGUUUUCCAUUCAUAUACCCAGGGGCUCCUCGCUAUUUGAAGCCCUCAACCUGCUCCAAGACAAACAAACUGGUUUCACCUUUAGCACAGAGGACAGCUUGUGGGGACCCUUCCUCAGUGUGGUCAAUGAAGAACAAGCACGUCAGACUGAUCGUAGAUACUGGCAUAUCUCCUCAGACGGCAACUCUCUGACACAGGGUAUCAAAGACUAUAAGAUUGAUGCCGCUCAAAAACUCACCAUUAAGAACACUGGAUAUUGAUUCCUCUACUGGAUGCAAGAGAAGAGACGAAUGGGAUGAAACCUUAAUGUUUAUGAAUCUAUGGAUAUAAUUAUUUGAUUUGAUUUUCUUGUCAUAAACAACAUUGAAGGUUGCCUCACUGAUUGUUGCCUCUUCACACUGCCUGAAUGUUUAAAGGUUCAUAAAAACAAGAAUCAGAACAUAUUAACAUUGUUUGUAUUUUAGAGAUUUAAUACAUAUAUCUUUUGAAAUCUAACAUAUAUUUUUGUGUCAUUCUGCAGCUGCUACGAAUCUAGAUGAACAAAUAUAAAAUAAAUAUUACCAAUAUUUAAAAAAUGUGUGGCUUUAUUAAAACCAUAUCUCACA